AUAUUUGCCUACCAUCAUUAAAAAAGUCAAACCGCUGUCAAAUGUAGGGGAUGGUCGAAAAUAAAUAAAUUGUUGAGUUUUAUGAAAAAAUAUUAUAUUUGAUUUGAAUCGAGUGUAUAAUUCUAAAAAAGACAACUUUUAUGAAGUGACGAAAUAUUUUCUGGUCGAUAAUUAAGCUAAUUCAAUUCGUUACACUUAUGACACCUGACGAAAUAUCCUAGGUGAUUAUUGGGUACUUUAUGCAUUUGUGGCUUGAUUCUAUUUUCAAAAAAUUCAAUAAUAUAUUGUGGUUUCGUAAUUGCUGUGAUUUUCACUAGCUGACGUGUGAUUUGUUUGCUUACCAGAUUUUUUGCUAACCUGUACAUUUUGCUGUACCAUAUCUACUUCUACUGUGGUGAUAUCAAAAUACAGAUAUGAAUGCCUCUGAGCAUGGAUUUAAUCCAGCAUUCAAUAUGGCUACAAUUAAGCAAGUAGUCAAUGAAGCCUUUGAAAGGGUUCGUAUGCCCACUCCUAUGAGAUUAAGGGAUCUUAUACGUCAGAUUAGAGCUGCUCGAACUGCAGCAGAGGAGAGGAGUGUGGUUAACAAGGAAUGUGCAUAUAUUCGAUCAACUUUUCGAGAAGAAGACACAGUAUGGAGAUGCAGGAAUAUUGCAAAACUUUUAUACAUUCACAUGUUGGGUUAUCCUGCUCAUUUUGGACAACUAGAGUGUUUAAAGUUAAUUGCAAGUACAAGAUUCACAGAUAAAAGGAUAGGUUAUUUGGGAGCUAUGCUAUUAUUAGAUGAAAGACAGGAUGUACAUCUCCUUAUUACAAACUGUUUGAAAAAUGAUUUAAAUUCGACAACUCAAUUUGUGGUUGGUUUAGCGUUAUGUACCUUAGGAGCUAUUGCUUCUCCUGAAAUGGCCAGAGAUUUAGCAGGUGAAAUAGAGAGAUUAAUGAAGUCACCUAAUGCUUAUGUAAGGAAGAAAGCAGCCUUAUGUGCUUUCAGAAUAAUAAAACGUGUUCCUGAGCUUAUGGAAAUAUUCCUGCCAGCUACUAGAAGUUUGCUAUCUGAAAAAAAUCAUGGGGUGUUGAUAACAGGAGUAACUUUAAUAACUGAAAUGUGUGAAUAUAGUCCAGACACUUUGAAUCAUUUUAGAAAAGUAGUACCAAACUUGGUGAGAAUUUUGAAAAAUCUCAUACUAGCUGGAUAUUCUCCAGACCACGAUGUUUCUGGAAUAAGUGAUCCAUUUUUACAAGUUAAAAUUUUGAAACUUCUGAGAGUCCUGGGUCGCAAUGAUGUCGAUGCUUCUGAAGCAAUGAACGAUAUUUUGGCACAGGUUGCCACGAAUACAGAAACCAGCAAAAAUGUGGGGAACACUAUUUUGUACGAGACUGUUUUAUCAAUAAUGGAUAUCAAAUCUGAAAGUGGUCUUAGGGUUCUGGCUGUGAAUAUAUUGGGUCGUUUCCUUCUAAACAAUGAUAAGAACAUCCGUUACGUCGCCCUGAACACUCUUUUACGCACUGUACACGUCGAUACUUCGGCAGUACAGAGACAUCGAACUACAAUCUUAGAGUGUCUGAAGGACCCGGACGUUUCAAUUCGUAGAAGGGCCAUGGAACUUUCUUUUGCUCUGGUCAAUUCUCAAAAUAUCAAAACGAUGAUGAAGGAAUUGGUAACAUUUCUUGAGAAAGCAGAUCCCGAGUUCAAGGCGCCUUGUUCGUCGAAUAUUGUUUUAGCGGCUGAGAGAUUUGCACCUAAUAAAAGGUGGCAUCUGGAUACUCUGUUGAAAGUACUUUGUGGGGCCGGGAAUUAUAUAAGAGACGAUGUUAUCGCUUCAACAAUUCAACUGAUAUCCGAGAGUACAAAUCAGCAAUCAUAUAUGUCCCUCCAAUUGUACAAAGCUUUGUCACACGAUCUAAUGGAUAAACAACCUUUGACCCAAGUGGCUCUUUGGGCAAUCGGAGAGUAUGGUGAUCUUCUCUUACAAGCUGAAGCUGAUGAAGAUGGUUCUACACCUCCUGCUGAAGAAGACGUUAUUGACAUCUACCAAAGAGUGUUGUGGUCUCCUCAAAGUAGCCCUACAACCAAGCAGUAUGCUUUGAUGUCUCUAACAAAACUCAGUACACGUUUUCAGAGUACCACAGAUAAAAUUCAGCAGAUUAUAAGUUCAUUUUGUUCGAGCUUGCAUAUCGAACUUCAACAAAGAGGUGUUGAAUAUUCACAGCUUUUUGGCAAGUACACACAUUUGAGGGCAUCCCUUUUGGAAAGAAUGCCUCCAAUGGAACUUAUAAGACAGAGCGAUAGUAGGACAAAUGGUGACCUGGAGGAGGAGCCAAGAUCUGAAGAACCUAGUCCGCAGCGUAAUAUUAUAAAGAAUGAAUCGAACGUUUUAUUGGACCUCCUCGGGGCUUCAGAUCCGCUGACAGAUAUUCAGUCUAAUAUGUUGAACGCCCAGCCCAUACAGAGCACUAACAAUCAAGAUCUCUUGGAUCUUCUCGGUGGUUUGGAUACUCCUGUACCACCAAUUACUACCACUCCCAACACAGCCGUCAACUUCAUAUUAGAAAAUAACAACACUAGUUCUUUACCGAUCCUAAACAAUCAGAAUUCCAAUUUCCUCAAUGAGGAUCUUCUCAGUAAUAAUAGGGUUAAUGAAAAUAAUGUGCCUACCUUGAUAGCUUAUGAUAAAGAUGGUCUAAAAAUAGUAUUUACUUUAGAGAAAAUGCCAGACACUGACAUGUUAACUAUUAAUGUGACAGCAACAAACUAUACCUUAUCUACAAUGACUGAUUUUCUAUUUGAAGCAGCUGUUCCUAAGACAUUCCGUUUCAAUAUUUUGCCCCCUUCUGGAACUGUGAUGCAACCAAAUGGUCAAAUUACCCAAGUUUUGAAAAUCAACAAUCAAAAUCAGGCUGUUUUGAAGAUGAGAAUUCGUUUAAGUUAUACAAGUGAUGGUAAACCUGUCCAAGAUCACACAGAAGUUAAUAACUUUCCAUCCGACAUCUGGGUUUGACAAAAAUAUGGAUAGAUCACUAAUUUUCAUAUUAAUUUGAUGAAUUGUUGAUCAUUACUGGGUGUAGAUUGGAAAGGAAUGGUUUAGAUUUUUUUUCCAAUAAAUUAAUUAGGCACAAGUAUCAACACUCCUGUAUAAAUAUUUCAAAUCUAUUCUGAAUACAAAUAUGUAGAUAUAUUCUUUUUAUUCAAUAUUUCUAUUUUCUAACCAUAGUUUUUGGAUUAAACAAAAUUCCAAUCUACACUGGGUUGAUAAUUGUAAAGCCUAUGUUGGACUUCUCUAUUCUUAAUAUUUUCUACAUCUACAGUGAGCCUUUAUUCUGUAAAAGAUGUGUAUAUAUUUAUUGUUGAUUGAAUUUCAAUACAAUGUACUUAAUUUUAUAGUUUGAAUCGUGAUUUGUUACUUUUCUAAGUUAUAAAACUAUUCAAUUAUUCUUGUGAAUCUUUUUAUGAUAUAAAAUUUACUAUUAACUUGUGGCGAUUUUUAUGUUUGAAAUAUUUAUUAUGUUUAGGUAAAUAUAAUAUUUAAUGUAUUUCUUACACUAUGCUUGUUUUGUUGAAGAGAAGGUUAUUUGCGUCCAAUAUAUAGAUAUAUAAAAAAUAAAUUGUAUAUACUAAACUA